AUGUCUCUGCUUUCUCGCAGGGACUACAUGUCGCAGCUGGCCAUAGAGGACUGCGACAUCUGCCACGAGCCCAUGAGCGACCCAGCUCGCACCGACUGCCGCCACUUCUUCUGUUUCGAAUGUCUGAAGGCUUGGCUGGAGUCAAACAACACCUGUCCAACAUGCCGAACUCAGCUGUUCGAGGAGACUGAGCCAAACACUGCGCAAGAUGCCGAGCGACAAGGUGAUACAACACAGGCCGUCCUUGACAUACCUGUUGGGCAGCGUAUGGCAAUAGUGCGCGACCUCAACGAGAUGAUGGCACGCCUGAGGGUCCUAGAAGCAAACGUCUCUAGACUUGGAGAAGCUCAGACGCCACCACUGGUGGUCGAUAGAGCCACCGAGCAAGCGGCUGAUCGACCUCAAACGACCAGAGAGACGGACGGGUUGCAUGGCAACGAUCGAGCUGCAGAGCCCGCCUACGGGGAAGGAGAACUGAGUUACGACGCACUUGUCGCUUACUCGCACGAAUUGCAACCCCGCCCAGAGGAAUUGCUGCCUAUGGUCACCUUCGACGGCGCUGCGAUGACCCGUCUAUUGGACCGGCUACUACCUGAGCAGCGCGCACGACCCGACUGGUACGAGCAGUUGAGGACUCGCGCAGUACGCUACACAUUCACUAUUGACGGUGCGGUCGCCCGUCUCCAUCGCGCCAGCUGCGACUUUCUCUCAUUGAGUCCUGGUAGCGGCACGCCGUUCGACGAAACGAAUAGGAGGAUCAGGAGUGCUUACAGUACGCGCCAAAGCCAGUGGUUCGACAAGGUGCUUGACUUGCUCAGAGACGUGUCAGUCGACGCAUUGUCCAGUGAAGUCCGUAGGCUCAUGCAGGAGGAGGUCCAUCGUCCGCUCGAAGAGCUAAGUAUGCCACUACUUCGCUACUAUUGA